UUUUCUAAGCUUUUCCAUUAAAGUCUGCUUCUUCUUCAAUCAAAUCCGAAUUUCACUCCUCCAUGGCCAUGGCGGCUUCCAACCACGUGAAAGUUACAGAGGUAUGCAGAGUCAAACCUGCACCAAAUCCGUCGGAGAAGAAGACGAUCUCCUCCUCCUCCUCCGAAACUAACAAUUACUUUCCUCUCACUUUUUUUGACACAAUUUGGCUCCGAUUCCCCCCCACGCAGCGAAUCUUCUUCUACGAAAUCAACCAUUUAUCAUCUGAUCUUUUCUACACCACCAUUCUCCCUAACCUCAAGCAUUCACUCUCUCUCACCCUUCAACACUAUCCCUCCCUCGCCGGAAAUCUCACGUGGCAUCCCGAAACCGCCAACCCAGUUAUCCGUUACUCUGUUGACGACAAGGACGACGACGGCGACGGCGUCCCAUUCUCAGUAGCCGAGUCCUGCACCCUCGACUUUGAUUCACUCUCCACCGACGAUGUUAAAGAAGCCAAACACUUGCAUCAUCUUUUGCCCGAU